AGCUUCUACAAGAGCAAAGGACUACCUCACUUCCAGGAGAGCACCCCAGGCACAAGAAAGUAGUGUUAUUAAUUCGAGUAGAACAUCACAUCUCACCUCAAGAUGUCUUCCGGGUCGUCGUCUCGGAGCACCUCCCCGAACUCCGACUCAGAGUGGAGCAAGAAGGAGAACAAGAUGUUCGAGCAGGCGCUCGCCUACUACGGCGUGAGCGCCCCCAACCUCUGGGAGAAGGUGGCCAGCGCCAUGGGGGGCACCAAGUCUGCCGAGGAGGUGCGCUGCCACUUCCAGAUCCUUGUCGACGACGUCAACAGCAUCGAGGACGGCCGCAUCCCCUUCCCCAAGUACAAGACCCAAGGCUUCUGGACCUGAAAGGAUGAAGCUCAAGUGGAAAGUGAACAAAGUUGUACAAACUAGAUCUCUUAAGAAUGGGCUGAUGUGUUAAACAUCAUGUAUAGAGGCGUGUACACGUAUUGUAUUCUGUUGUAAUCCUAGCUAGGUUAUUAUGGAUGGCCUCCUCCUUAUCUCCUGUAUAGCUUUACGUGAGGAUCAAGUCUCUGUAAUAACCUAGGCAACCUGUACCUCUCGAUUGAUCUCGGAUCGAUCUAUAUAACGUGAACACGUCCCUGCCGCAGAGGCAUACGCUUCCAGUCUUUUCUCA